AGUUUUUUUUCAUCUCUUUUUGUCUGUCUCUGCUUUUGUUUCAUUUUAUUUCAAAAUGACCUACAAACGUUCGAUUUCUUUUCUAAACCGUUAAAAUUUUCGCGGUUUUUAACAAUAAAUUCUGCAUUACCGAUAAAAAGAUGGCGCUUAUGUGACUGGAAUAAUUUUUUCAUCGUUUUUUGUAAAUAUCACUUCCGAUACGAAAAAGUGAGGUUAUCAGCAUUAAAGUAGAGCUAAUUUUACUUGAAUAAUUGUGAAAAAAUGAAUAAUCAUUCAUUAUAAUUAUCAGAACAAUUGUAGAAAUAAAUAAUAGCAUUUCUUCUGAGAAGUAUUUAUAAUCAACAUUCUAUUUUAUACCAUUUUUUAGAUUAAAAUGACACAACACAAUUUUCCUCCUCUGAAAAAUGACAGAUUUUUAAGAGCUGCUAAAGGUGAAGAGGUUGACAAAAUUCCAGUAUGGAUUAUGAGACAAGCUGGAAGAUAUUUACCAGAAUUUCGGGAAUUCAGAACAAAACACAAUUUUUUCGCAAUCUGUCAGACUCCAGAAUUAGCCUGUGAAGUAACUCUACAGCCAAUAAGAAGAUUUGAUUUGGAUGCAAGCAUUAUUUUCUCAGAUAUUCUUGUGAUUCCUCAAGCAAUGGGGUUAAUUGUUGAAAUGAGACCUGGAGUGGGUCCCGUGUUGCCAGAACCGAUAGCUAAUCCAUCAGACAUGACAAGAUUAAAGAAACCUGAUGUAGAAAAUGAUCUUAAAUAUGUUGGGGAAGCAAUAACUUUAACCAGACAUCAAUUAGAGGGUAAAGUUCCACUAAUUGGCUUCACAGGUGCUCCAUGGACCCUUAUGGGUUACAUGAUUCAAGGGGGUGGAAGUUCUACAAUGGCUCAAGCCAGAUCUUGGCUCUAUAAAUAUCCAGAUGAUUCUCACAAACUAUUACAACUUUUAACGGACAUCAUAGUUGACUAUUUAGUCAUGCAAGCGAAAGCUGGUGCUCAGGCUUUACAAGUAUUUGAAAGCCAUGCUGAUUAUCUAAAUGAUGAACUUUUCGAAACGUAUUCAUUUCCCUAUCUAAAACAAAUCAGCCAGCGAGUAAAGUCCAAAUUGGAUGAAAUAAAAAUACCUCAGGUUCCAAUGAUUGCAUUUCCAAAAGGAGCAACAAUGAAUUCAAUAGAAAAACUUGCCAAAGAUAAAAGCUAUAAUGUAAUAGGAAUUGAUUGGACAGUAGAUCCUUUAGAAGCAAAAUCACGUUUUGGUCAAAUAACACUUCAAGGUAACAUGGAUCCUUGUGCAAUGUACGCAUCUGAAGAUAAAGUUUAUGAAAAUGCACGCAAAAUAGCUGAGAAAUUUGGAAAAUCGCGUUAUAUUGCUAACUUAGGCCAUGGAAUACUUCCUGAUACUCCAAUUGAGUCCGUAGAAGCAUUUAUCAGAGGUGUACACUCGAUAUAAGUGAAACAAAAAAUAUGAACGAAUAAUUUCUUCACUAUGGGAACUGGUUAAUAAAAAAUAUUGUAAAAUUUUUUAUUAUAAAAUACUUACAUUAUUAAGUUAUUCUCGUCCUUUUUCUUUUUGGUAUAGUAAUUGAAUUAUCGUUGCAUUGCACGAACUUGCUCAGUUACAUCUUCUAAUUUCGCUAAGCUUCUAUCAAUUGAAGUUAAUUGGCAUUCGAGAUGCGAUGUAAUUAGAGCUAAUUUUUCCAAAUUAUUUUCCGCAUUUUCAAGACCUUGUUCUUGUUGGGCAAAUGUCUUAGCUGCUUGCAUUAACAUCUACAAUAAAAAGUUCUUUACUUGAUAAAGGCAAAAAUAUCCUUUCAAAAAAGUCGAAUUUGAUUUUAGUUUCAAUAAGUUUUAGUUCAAGUGACAGUUAAAUAGUUACUGAAUAUGUAGUAACAGAAUAAAUUUUGUCUUAUAACAUACCUCACUACUUUUUGAUCCACGUUGAAUUUGUCGCGCUAAUGAAGCAAUAUUGUUAACGUUUACCUGAACUUUAUCUGCUAAUCGCAUUUUUGACUCAAUAAAUAAACUACGUGCACUUGUACUUGACGCUGAAGCCAUUAUAAAAUUUGAAAUCAAUUUUACCACCAAAAAUAUAAAUAAUAAAUCACUCAACACCGACCAAUCAAUAAUAAAAAGUUAUAACCUCAA